CUCAAGUCGAGCCAUUCUCAGGCGCCAGUUCUUUGCACUGCACACCAGCAAGAGGAGCGACUACAGUUGUUAUUCAAAACACUACCUUUUGAUGAUUUUACAGCGAGACACUGGGAGAGCUGAUUUUUGGGGCGUUUCAGCAGAAAGUGACAAGACUGGACUUGAAGAACGGGCUCACCUGAACACGCUGGUGGAUAUUCGUUUUCACACAGCAAAACCUAGCUCUUAUCAUCACUUCAUCCGCCAGCUGAGCAGAGCAAGAGCAAGCUUCUAUUUCAAUGCUGUUCCAUUGAAUCAGUGGGACAGAGAAGCAGUACAGACGAGGCAUUGUGCCCCUGCAAUUGAAACACCAACCAGCUGAAAAUAUCAUAGACCAUCCUGGACAAAAGGUUUCUCGCAACUCCCGUCCCCUUGUUGGGCUCCAGUCUGCUGUUUUGAAUUAGAAAAGUGAUCAAAAGCGGCACACCACUCCGGAGCCUAAGGUGACCGGUGCAAAGGAUUCCGUGCAGGCUGCCAUGGUGCGUGAGGGUGGUGUGGCGGUGGCUGCAUCCUACUGGGGCCUGUGGGCUUUUGCCACUUUGAUGCUAGUGGCACUAUGCUUGUCCGACCAGGCCAUCCGCUGCCCAGUGUGCUCUGAGGAGAGGCUAGCCAGCUGUCAACUGCCGGAAAACUGUGAGGAGACGGUGCGGGAGCCCGGCUGUGGCUGCUGCCCCACGUGUGCCCUGCCUAAAGGGGCACACUGUGGUGUCUACUCGCCGCGAUGUGGUACUGGCCUGCGCUGCUACCCGCCACAGGGCAUUGAGAGACCGCUGCACUCGCUCAUGCACGGCCAGGGGGUGUGCAUCGAUGAGAGAGAGGUGGAGGAAAACUCAGUGAUGGAACGGCAGGAUGAAAUCGUCCCUGAGCACCCAAACAUCAGCAAUAUCCGUUGCAGUCCACAGGACAAGCGCUGCAUACAGAAGACUCUGGCCCGACACCCGCCCAAAUCCACAAAUCAGAGAAGCAACACAGCGAGGGAGGAAGCCAAGGCAGCGCUGGCUCCAUGUCGUGCUGAGCUCCAGAGAGCACUGGACAGAUUGGCAUCGAAUUCCCGCACUCAUGAUGAUCUCUUCACAAUUCCAAUUCCGAACUGUGACAAGAAUGGAGAUUUCCACACUAAACAGUGCCAUCCUGCACGUGAUGGCCAGCGAGGAAAGUGCUGGUGUGUGGAUCAGAAGACGGGCAUGAGGCUGCCGGGCCUGCUGGAGCUGCGAGGGGAACUGGACUGCCACCAGUUUAUGACUGCUACUCUGAGGGACUGAAAAGCAAGGGAUUCCAUUGAGGGUACAGGAGCAGCUUAGUUCUAUUGGUGCUUAUGAGCAGAUCUACGUAAGGAAAUGCCCACAGCCUCACUUCAUUUGAGGCCAACAGUACUUGAGCGAGUGCAACAAAAGGAAUGAGUUUGAAAUCGAAACGAAUCUUUUGUUGUUGUUUUGUUUCUGUGUGUAUGUGAGUCUUUUGGGCACUUGUUUCUAUGGUGUAAAAUUACGACCUGUAGUCAUUAGAUACUGUACAUGCUUUAACAGGUGGCAGUAAAAAAUGCACAAAGGGAAAUGUUUCAUUUUCUCUAGUAUUAAGUAGAAUAAGAUCUAGAAAGCAACCAGAGAAUACAAGUCUAGUUCAUCCAGUUGACAGCAUAAGAUAUAAUUAGUACAAAAUGAGAAAGACCAGGCUCUUCUUCCAUCAGUCACCAGAUGAUUCACUUUAUACAGCAUCUCAGCAAAUAUGAAAAGAGAGCAUUUUGAAAAGGCAUAACACUAAACCGUUGCUAUGUGAGAGGACAGAAAAGAUUUGUUUUUUCACCCUAUUAUAAAUCUGCACCCUUGUCUUUAGUGCACUGGUCCCAAAGGACCGGAAUAUUGUAAAUGCGAAUAGGAUACUCUUAUUUCUCCAGCUGCAGCUAAUAUGCUAUACGACUCAGAUAUGUGUGCUUUGGUAUCUUCAUAUGCACACUUUCUUCAUUUGAUGUAAUACUUUGGCGGUGGGAUUUACUGAUUGUGCCAACGCAUAAACACUUGGAAGACCUUGGAGCAAUUAUUCAAUAAGCUACUCAUACAAUCAUAUUGGCCAAUGUUGGAAAAUACAGGUCCAAUGUGUCCUUCACCUGAACACAAUCAUCAUCAUCAUCAUCGUCGUCGUCAUCGUCAUCAUUAUCUCAUCUAUAAAUCAUUUUAUCUUCUUUAAGUGUGUGAGAAUAGUUUUCAAGGUACCGUAUAGGGAAACGUGUUUUUAAAGGGCACUUAUUUUUAUUCCUCCAUCCUUUUCCCAUCCCUUUUUGUAGCCCAACAUCAACAAAAGUUAUAACAGCGAAAAACACAGGUUUCAUUUAACUUCCCCUGGAAGUGAGGAAAACUGCUAUAGUAUGAAAUUUACAUUCAUCGAUAUAGUGAAUGUACAGUAAUCCCUUUUUCUGUACAAAAGAACAUGAACGACUCGCACAGGUUUCUGGAAUUUGUGUAAAUGUAAUGCUUGAUUUCCUAUGUGCAAUUUACGUCUUAUCCCUAAUUAAGUCAGCCAUUAUUUCAGACCAAGGAACGAUGACAGGUCCUAGUAAAAUAUCUACAUAAAGUAGAUUACAUUAAAUUUGUUUGCUUCUUCAUGGUGGCCAAUGACACGCUAAUAAAAUUUGUAAAACAGUAUCUUGCUGAUGUUACCUUGUUAAAUCACCAUAAGGGGGGCUCACCAAAAGAAAAUGACAAGACAGAAGUUGCUUAGAAAGAGAGAGAGAACAUUCUGCAUCAAUUCAGAUAGGCAAGACAAUACAGGCAAUGAGAGAGCAAGAGAGAGAGAGAGAGAGAGAGAGAGAGAAAAUCAGUGCAACAAUUUUGAAAGACAAUAGACCAAAUAAAGUCCAAUUUCCCAAAGACUACUAAUAAAGAACUUGUGUUGAUGUUGGUACUGAAUGAGGAACUGCACGCAGACAGCGACUAUUUCUUAACUACUAAGAGUCGAACACAUUGAUUUGUCAAACUGCCUUUGUCUUUCAGAAAGCGAACAAGUGGUCUUGGCUUUGAUUUUCUGAAGCCAUUCUAACGGAAUAAACUUUGUACUUAAACUGUAUGUAUCUUGAUCUCUAACUUUGCUGUACUCAACUGUAACCCCAUUUCUUGACAAUAGAAUGUGUAGAAAAUGAAGUCAUGUUUGCAUCCAUGAAAAUCAGCGAGAGGCUAAAAAGUGAUCUUGUGUGUCUUGUCCACAACAGGACAGCUAUAUUCAAACAGUGAAGUGAUCAGGAAUCUGAAAGCGAGUUUUGCUCUGAAAUUAUUAGUUGCAUUGUUAUUGUUUAUUUGAUAAAACAUGUAAACAUUGUAAAGCAUUAAUUAAAACAUUU